AUGGCCACCAACCCUCGCCCAGCUAACUACGCCCCUCCCAAUGCGGCUUUCAAGGGCCAGCACAUGCUCAACAGCUACAAUCAGAACGGUCAGGGCCAUGGUUCGGCUCAUUACCUCCCUCGAGGUGUGCCGAUGUCCUCCCCUGGUGACCACGGUUUGCAGGGUCUGACAAGCAACAUGGCAGCACUCAACAUGCACGCCUCCUACGGCUCGUCUGCCGCAUCCAAGUCUGCCAGUUCGACUCUCCCCAGUGGCUCAUCCGAGUACGGCAACUUGCCUCUUUCACAGGGCCAGGGCCUAUGGGUACCCAACCAGCAUGUUUUGGGUGGUAUGUAUCAGAUGAUGCCUGGCAAUCAGCAGCAAGCCAACAUGACGCCCUCGCCCAACAUGUACAAUAGUGGUGCCACCUAUGUACCUCAGGCAGCUUAUCAGUACGGUCAGGCCGUAGUGGACAACAGCCCCAUGGCCCCGGCCUGGGCUGCGCGUCUGUCCUCUGGCGAGAUGCCGUCGCUCAUGACACCCCGUCGCGACUCUAUCUCUUCCAACGAAAACGACGUACCGGGUACACCCUAUGGUAGCAAUGGCAUGUACCGUUAUGGAGCUGGCGGCGCCACCAUUAUGGAUCGCUCUCCGAGCGCCCUGUUCACGAGCAGCGCCACUCCUUCGCCGUCACAACUUGCACACUCCUACCAAGUCAUGGCUCCCAUGCAGAAGCAGGCUAUGAUUUCGUUGCCUCCUCACUUGUUGGCUCUAGUGCACCAGGAGCCCCCGAUUCCACGCGCAAUCCCAGCCCCUAGCUCUCCACACAAGCCACUUGAUCGCAGUUUGGAGAACAAGACAGGCGAAACCAAUGUCUACAUUCGAGGACUUUUGCCCGAAACCACCGAUGAGAUGCUCCAUUCCUGGGGUAAGCGAUUCGGGGACAUUCAGAGUUCCAAGUCCAUCAUCGACAACAAGAGCUAUCUUUGCAAGGGCUUCGGUUUCAUCAAGUACCACAAUUUCGAGGAUGCUGAAGACUGUAUCCGUGGAUUUCACUACCUUGGAUAUGAAGUCAGCUUCGCCCGGGAAUCGUUCUACUCUAAGCUCAAGAAGUUUUCCGAUGAGUGCAACACCAAUCUUUACGUCUCCAACAUUCCCAAGAAUAUGAAUGAGCAUGAACUCGCUCUCAUCUUCACACCGCACAAGGUCUGUUCAAGCAAGGUGCUUCGCGACCCAGCUGGCACAGGUCGUGGCGUUGGAUUUGCCCGGUUUGAGACUCGCGAGAUAUGUGACGAGGUCAUCAAGACAUUCAACAACAUGCCCAUCGCCAAGGCUGGAGGCGAGGAGCAUCUGAUCCAGAUCCGCUUCUCUGACACGCAUGAGCAGAAGAUGCUCAAGCAGCAGACUGCCGCCGGCCGUGUGUUCCGUGCUGCAGAGUACGAGGUCGGUGUUGCCCAGGCUAGGGCACUAGGCACACCUGAUCGCUACCUCACAAUCUCUCCAGUCUCUCAGAGCGCUACAAAUGACUUUGAGAUGUACAUGCAGCGCGGCUACCGUCAGCCAUGGGCUCCCACUGUACCAUCAACCCUUGGUCCCGCUCGUCCCCCCACGUAUCACACGACCCAAGGUGGAGCUCUGGACAACGAAGAUGGUGCAUCCGAGCAGGACAUCGAAGCCAAGACCAAUCCCGCGACUCCAGUGAAGACAGAGGACAAGAACGCUUCUCCAAGCCGUCACUCUGGCCAUGAUGAUUAA